CUGGAGCUCAUGCACUCAGAUGUCAAGAUGAGCGGGGACGUAGCCGAUUCCACAGAUGGUCACGGUGCCCUCAGCCAGGUGGACACAGGAAAUGAUCGAAACAGCCUAGAUUUCAACAGGCAGAUUAAAACCGAGGACCUCAGCGACUCCCUGCAGCAGACACUCUCGCACCGGCCAUGCCCCCUGAGCCAGGGACCUGCCAUGAUGCCUGGAAGCCAAGUGUCUGGGGACCUGACGUCCCUCCAUCCCCUCCAGCAGCUCGUGCUGGUUCCCGGCCACUUGCAGUCCGUCUCGCAGUUCCUGCUCUCUCAGACUCAGCCGGGGCAGCAAGGUCUGCAGCCCAAUCUUCUCCCCUUCCCACAGCAGCAAAGCCCCCUGCUCCUCCCACAGCCUGGACCUGGCCUGGCAUCUCAGGCAGUCGGGCGCCCGGGGCUGCCGGGACCCUCCUUAGACCCCCACCUGGAAGUGCCCCAGCAUCUCCCGGUGCCGAAGCAUCUGCCUGGUUCUGGGGGCGCCGAUGAGCCCAGCGACCUGGAGGAGCUGGAGAAGUUUGCCAAGACCUUCAAGCAGAGGCGCAUCAAGCUGGGCUUCACACAGGGGGACGUGGGGCUGGCGAUGGGGAAGCUGUACGGCAACGACUUCAGCCAGACCACCAUCUCACGGUUUGAGGCCCUCAAUCUAAGCUUCAAGAACAUGUGCAAGCUCAAGCCGCUGCUGGAGAAGUGGCUGAGCGAUGCCGAAGCCUCCCCGGCGGACCCCUCGGUGAGCACCCCCAGCGCCGGCCCCGCCUUCACCGAAGUGUUCGGGAGGAAGAGGAAGAAACGCACCAGCAUUGAGACCAACAUCCGCCUGACCCUGGAGAAGAGAUUCCAGGAUAACCCCAAGCCGAGCUCAGAGGAGAUCUCCAUGAUUGCAGAGCAGCUGUCCAUGGAGAAGGAGGUGGUGAGGGUCUGGUUCUGCAACCGACGCCAAAAAGAGAAGCGGAUCAACUGUCCUGUGGCCACACCCAUCAAGUCACCCGUCUACACGUCCCGUCUGGUCUCUCCUUCCGGGUCUCUGGGCCCCCUCUCCAUCCCUCCCGUCCACAGCACCAUGCCUGGAACAGUGACCUCGUCCUGUUCCCCAGGGAGCAGCAGCAGGCCCUCCUCGCCCAGCGCAGGCCUCCCCACUUCUUCUCAACACAACACCAAGACAGUGGCCAACUCCUCCAGCCUUGGCGCUUCAGGGCCCUGGUACCGAUGGAAUCACCCCACCUACCUGCACUGAGCAGCGGCUCCGCCCCCCAGAUGCUCCCAAGCGAGCGGAAGGCACCACCACCACGAGCCUGAGCUUGCCUUCUCCAGACAAGGCCUCGGAGGCCUAAACCGCGAUUGGCUCGCGUGGGGCCCCCAUGCCCUGGAAACAUGUCCGUCCCGGAGCUGGCCUUCCUGCCCGGCCCGUCGCUAGUUCUGUUUCAGGCAGCAUCGCUGCCCAGGCCUUUCCGGGAAAGGACAUCUCGCCUUUGAUCUCUGCCUCUUCCGGGGACAGCACGCUGGGUGCCAGCCAGCAGGGCUCCAGCUCUGGGGACAGCCCAGCCACGCUGGGUGCCAGCCAGCAGGGUGACAGCUCUGGGGACAGCCACGCUGGGUGCCAGCCAGCAGGGUGACAGCUCUGGGGACAGCCACGCUGGGUGCCAGCCAGCAGGGUGACAGCUCUGGGGACAGCCACGCUGGGUGCCAGCCAGCAGGGUGACAGCUCUGGGGACAGCCACGAUGGGUGCCAGCCAGCAGGGUGCCUGCUCUGAGCUCCUUCUGAAACCCAGGAGGAGCUGUGAAUCUGCCGCCUCUGGCAAAGCCUCACCGUUUCCUCUGCUCAGCAGCUUUUUCUGACUGAAUCUUCUUUCACCCGGUGUUCUCCGUGGCCCUGCCCCCUUGCAUAGGACCAAACCCACUCAUGCUUUUGUUCUCGAAGUUCCCUCCUCUUUAGAGAAGGACAAGUCCCUCCGUCGGGGCAUUUCUCUGCUCCCCGAGGCUCCCUGCCAGCUACACCUGUCACCAAGCCAGGAGCUUGUCCCUCUCACCUGCCCUCAGCUCAGCCUCCCUCCGUCUCCCGGCUGCAGAAGGAAGAACAAUGAUGCUAUCAAAAUGCCUGUAUAGAGCCUUCUCCUGGUUUUUUUUUUGUUGUUGUUUUUUUCAUUAUAUUCUCUCCUUACUGCGGAAUUUUCCAGCAAAAUGUUUAACUCAGGUGUGAAUUUCAAACGUAUCUCUGUAGUAUUUUAUCAUCUUUUAAGAAAAAAGGAAGAAAAUGAAAAGAAAAAACACCAGCGUGUGAAAUACUGUGCUAAGUCCCACAAGAGUUCCCACGUGGGCUGGGAAUUCUUGUUAACGUCAUGGCAACACCCCUGCCCUCUCCUCUUUGGGCCACUGUGCAGAGAUGUCACAGGAAGCCAUCCUAGAAAUAGAAACUUAAAAAUAAAAUCUGCAUACCCAA